CCUCUUCUCACAAAUUCCAAAACUCUGCAACAACAACGUCAACAAGAAGAUGGCAGAGGAAGCCACGGAUUCUCGAAAGCAAGCGAGGCUCGCAAUCAUGGAACUGGCCAACAUGAUAAGCGUUCCGAUGGCCCUAAACGCCGUCGUUCGCCUCAACGUCGCCGACGCCAUCUGGAACUCCGGCGCCAACAUCCCCAUCUCUGCCGCCCAGAUCCUCCCCCGCAUCCUCCCCGCCGGCGACGCCGAGAACCUCCAGCGACUCCUCCGCAUCCUCACCAGCUACGGCGUCUUCAAGGAGCACGUCGACGCCGGCGAACGCAAGUACUCCCUCACCGACGUCGGCAAAACGCUUGUCACUGACGAGCAAGGUCUCUCCUACGGUGCUUACGUGCUUCAACACCACCAGGACGCGUUGAUGCGAGCGUGGACAUUGGUUCACGAGGCAGUGGUGGACCCUACGAAGGAGCCGUUCGAGAGGGCGAACGGUGAGGGAGCGUAUGGGUAUUAUCUGAAGCAGGAAGAGAUGAACGAGUUGAUGGUGAAGGCCAUGUCAGGAGUGUCAGUGCCCUUCAUGAGGGCCAUGUUAGAGGGCUACGAUGGCUUCCAAGGUGUGGAGAGGCUGGUGGACGUGGGUGGUAGUGGCGGUGACUGCCUCCGCAUGAUCCUGCAGAAACACCCCAGCAUCAAGGAGGGGAUAAACUUCGACCUCCCUGAAGUUGUGGCCAAAGCACCACCAACCCCAUAUGUAACCCAUGUGGGUGGUGACAUGUUCAAAUCUAUUCCCCAAGGAGACGCUAUCUUCAUGAAGUGGGUGCUAACAACAUGGACGGACGAAGAAAUAAAGCAGAUAAUGCGGAACUGUCACAAAGCACUUCCUGAGGGAGGGAAAGUGAUAGCUUGUGAGCCAGUGCUGCCAGAGCAUUCAGAUGAGAGUCACAGAACAAGGGCGUUGCUUGAGGGUGACAUUUUUGUGAUGACAAUCUACAGAGCGAAGGGGAAGCACAGGACUGAAGAACAGUUCAGGCAGUUAGCCAUUGAUGCAGGUUUCCCUCGUUUCAGAGCCAUCCAUGUUGACCAUUUUUACACUGUUCUUGAGUUUCAGAAAUGAAAUUAAGGCAACCAUUCUUCUCUGUUUCAAGGUCAUUGUUCUGUAGACUGAGUUGAGUGGUAGUGGUCUUGUGAUAUUAGAACUGAGUUGCUUGGAGGAUCAGGCAAAGAUUGUUAGACAUUGACAUAAAAACAGAGUAACGACAGAGUAGUACCCCCUAUGUAGCCUAAAGUUAAAUAACUAUCUGCUCAAAAGUUAUCCUUUGAUUUAAGUUAA